AUGACACAAGAAGUCAAAGCGAAAACCUCUCUUUUCAGUGGGGCAGCUAACGUUCAGAUCUCCCUUCAACAAGGCCUCCUGGGGCCCCGUCCCGUCUCCUCGCACGCGCAACCCUGUCUCAUGCACACCCUCUACGUAAAGUCUCGUCCCAGGCGCUCCUCCAGCCGACAUAUCGUGCAGCUCUCCCUCCCCCUCCUCUCCCGCCUCUUCCACCUCAAGCAGCCCCUGGCCGCCGACUGCCUCGGCAUCUCCCUCACCUCCCUCAAGAGCGCCUGCCGCAAGCUUGGUCUUCGCCGGUGGCCGUACGAGCGCGCUCAGCAGCGGGAGAGCGAGGAGGGGUCGGGUCGUGGCUCGCUCGCAGACAGCAGCAGGCUCGCUCAUGCGACAGGAGGCGGGCCUACGGAUCAGGAGGAGCAGCUCAACCCGGUGUUGUCUUCUGGCGACCCCUCGCCCUGGCGUUGUGUAGGGCUGGAGGGGCUGGAAGGGAGGGAGAAGGGAUGUGAGGAGGCGAGAGAGGGUCUGUUUGAGGAGCUUUUCGGAAGCUUGCCGCUGGAGGUGGAGGAGGAGCAGCAGAGGAAGGGCUGUGAGCUUGAGAUCUUUUAA